UGUUAAUUUUUGUUGUUUUUCACUUUAUAUAUUCACUUUGUAUGUUGUCUACCUCACUCGCUUUGGCAAUGUUAACACAUGUUUCCCAUGCCAAUAAAGCCCUUGAAUUGAAUUGAAUUGAAAAUUGAGUUGCACCACGUUCUUACCUGGUGGAUGUUGGUGGCUCCCUCUAUCGUCGCAAUCGGGUGGAUCUGCGUGUAGCAGAGCAGAUAAACCAGAAUACGCCAUACACUCACCUAGAUGAGCUGGAUCACAGUCCUGGCCUAAGGGUAAGGGGUGCAGAAUUGAGACAUGGGCCAACUGAAGGUGAGGCUUCUACCCCACCAAGCUUUCCAGCUCGUGCCCCUAAUCCUACCCCUGUCAGAGCCAAUACUUACUCACGGGUGGGUCGGCUGUGCAAGCCACCGGACAGGCUUACUCUGUAAGCAAGGGACUGUUAACUUGCCCUCGGUUAAUUCAAAUCUAUAUUUGUUCUUAAAUAAUUAAAUUGAAAUUAAAAAAGGAAGAUGACAACUGAAGUAAAAAAGAAAAUGUAAUGCUUUUUCUAUUGUUAUGACUUCUAUUGAAAAGGAUGAUGUUACGGAGUCUAGUUGAUAGGUAAUCGACUAGACGGACUGUUCCCCGGGACUCCAGUUGUUGCCAUUCGUACAAUGCACAAACAAGGCUAUUGAACCUGACAUUGGUGUCUGUCGUUAUUCCUUUAUCUAACAUAUCAUACUGAAACAAUGUUGUGGGGUUUUACCUGUAGUCCUAGUCUACAAUGAAAUCACAGUGUUUUGAACAAUCAUUUUGGUUACGUCCCUUUGAUUUGAUAAACUUUCAAAAACACCACUAGUAUAGGCUAAGUCAUUUUAUGUUAGGACCUAUUUGUUUAUAAUUUUAUAGCAUACCCUACCCCAAAUUCAGUCAGUCAGUCAGUUGGUCAAUCAGUCAGACAUCAUGUUUGUUCAUAGGCUAUCCCUGGUCAACUGUCAGCUCGUGCGCUACUUGCAUGUAGGCUAUGACAGGGUAUGAGGUGCGCGUGGUGUUUAACUUUAAAGAGCUCCGCUAUGGAGUGGACUUGUGAGUCAGUGUCAAGGUCAUUUUCUAUCCUAAUGAUAAUAACUGACAAACAAUAGCUCUGACCAAUUCCCGAGGUUUGUAAGACCAUGGGUAUAAUAAUAAUUAGUCAAAGACUCAGCUUAUGCAAAAGGUUAGUACAGUUUAUUCAGAGAACGUUCUGGCGUGUAUAGUACAAAGCAAUUAAUAUUAUACUGACUUCUCACGCCCACACAUUCACACAACCAUACGCACAACCAUACACACAUGUCCUGCUACGCACAUUAGUGGCCUUGUCCUUGAGACGUACUCCCCGUUCUCUCCCAAAUCUCUAGUCAGGUCGGCACCAAACCCAGGCAGUCUGUGUUUAAAAUACCAUAAAGACAUAUUGUUUUACCCUAAUUCUGACUAGGACUACACAUUUAUUGAUUAUGAUUUUAUACAUUCUAAUCAAUUCCAUACAUUCAUAUGUUUCAGGGAGGAAUAUUCUAAUCAUUCAAUUAACAGACAAUUCUCACCUAUCAGUCAGUCAAUACAUCCACACAGUGAACCACACUGGAUACGCACUCGUAUUAGGUGGUGGUUUUAAAAACUGCAACAGCUGAUAGGAACAUAACAAGUAAGUAUCCUAUAUUUUGUUCAUAGCCUAUAGAGGCUAUGGAAGUAUUUCUUUGAGAGGUAGACAAUUAUGCACACCUCUGAUUUCACUUCACACAUUUUCUGUUUCUAAAUGUGUGUCUGAUGGCCAUAUGAUCUGUCACAGUAGGUCGGUAGACUAUAUUUUACUUUAGCCUUCUUCUCUUAGGCUAUUUGUCUCUGCAUUCCCAUCUCUUUGCCACUCAGGGCUCUCUCUCUCCUAUCGCACCUAUCGGAUGAUGGUUUUACUCCAUGGCUGGAGACUUCUCCAGUGCCUUUGUAUGCUGCUCUCUCCACCGCCUCCUCCAACACCAUGCCCAACUUUUUGAUCGGAACCGACGGGAGCGGGGGAGUGUGGCUCGGCGGCUUCAUGGCUCCCGGUAACCUGGACGAGAUCGACUCUGGCUGCUGGGACUUGUCUUCCCUCAUGGUGAUACAGACACGGCGGCUGCGCCUGGCGGACAGCCGGGGCGCACUGUGGGAUUUCAUGACAUACCUGCGCACGUCGCAGAAGCACAACGAGCUAUUACUAGAGCUCACGCAGCACUUCUGGGCCAUGUACGUGGACUGCAUGCUGUUCCGCGCGCACGGACUGGGGGAAGCGUGGCUUCAGCACAACGCUGUCCAAGCUGCGUGUCAUGGAAGUCUCCCCAAAUUAUGCACAGAAUAACGCAUAGAGCGAGUGUUGUCUUUAGGCACAAGACUAUGCGUAGACCUACUUCAAGUGUGACAAGAGUUUCAGAUGAACCAUUCUAAUCUACCACCCUCCCGAUCUAGUGUUUUAUUAUUUAGAGUUCUCCGAUAGGUGGCUGAAAAAGAUUGGAUGUGUAUGAACAGUUCUUAGCACCAUGAGUAGCCUACACCGAGGACAUGGCCUUUAAUAUGGCUCUUUGAAGAGAUAUGCAAGUAAGUCAGACACAUUCAAAUCUGAAAAGUUGUCUGAAGUCAAGUUUAUAGCCUAAUUUCAUAUCCCAUCUGUUGUGUGGACCCCCGUGAUAUGCAUUAGGAAAGUCUGCUGCAUUAUCGCCACAUUUUCAAGAAACUCAAUGUUACUUUUCAGCUGAUGCGUUGUUAAUCAUUUUGAAAAAUAACAAUAAAGAAAGUUGCACAAUU